AUGUCUCAAUUUACAAGGAAAAUAUUUAUUUUUAACGGUGAUAAAACUGUACACUGUCGGAGGAAACGUCUAAUUUACAUAUGGCACAAGCAGUGUUUCAAGUGCCAAGGAUGCAAUAUGACCCUCAAUAUGAGGACUUACAAGGGUUUCAACAAACAACCUUACUGCGAGGCUUAUGAAUGGAGAAUAAUUACGCUUCUUACAUAA